AUGUCUGACGUCGCUGAACCCAAGGCCGACCCCGCCACCAGCGCUACUGAGGCUCAGAAGCCUGAAGAGACCACCCCCGCCGCCAACACCGCAGAGUCAAAGCCCGAGAGCGAGAAGUCUACGACGGAGGCUGCCGUCGACACUGUCAAGGACGCUGCUACCAAGACAACCGACAGCGUUUUCUCCAUGUUCGGUGGUGGGCCCAAGAAGGAGAAGCAGGAGGAGGCGGAGGAUGCUCAGAACGAGCCCUCUGGUUCUUCUAAGGCCCAGAAGGGCGAAGAUGAGGACGAGGCGCCCGAGUCCCCCGAUGUUCACUUUGAGCCUGUCAUCCGCUUGACGGAGAAGGUUGAGACCAAGACCAACGAGGAGCUUGAGGAGCAGGCCUUUAAGAUGCGCGCCAAGCUGUUCCGAUUCGACCCCGAGAGCAAGGAGUGGAAGGAGCGUGGUACCGGCGACGUUAGACUGCUGAAGCACAAGGAGAACCAGAAGACCCGUCUCGUGAUGCGCAGAGAUAAGACCCUCAAGGUCUGCGCGAACCACUACGUUGUUCCUGACAUGAAGCUCAAGCCCAAUGUCGGCAGUGACCGCAGCUGGGUCUGGAGUGUUGCCGCGGACGUCAGUGAGGGUGAGCCUGAGGCUCAGACUCUGGCCAUUCGUUUCGCCAACAGCGAAAAUGCCAACCUCUUCAAGGAAGCUUUCGAGAAGGCUCAGCAGGAGAAUGAGAAGCUCAUCCAGUAG